AAAAAUAUGAGCCAUGAAAGAGAAAAUGCAAGCUAAGCAUACAGUCACGACAACUCAUUCUGCUACCAUGUUUUCAUGCUACAAAAAUGGGCUAUGCUUGGCCAUUUGAGCCUGAUCAUUACCUUCACACAGAGAAGAAAGAACAGAGGGAAGGGAAGAAUAGGGAAAGAGAGCACUAUAGAAUCAACUAUGUAUCCUUCUAUAUACCUUAUUCUUCCUUUCCCUUCUAAACAUCAAACAAAUGUUUUUCUUCUUACUUUCUAAAGCAUUCUGGGUUUAAGACAUUACAAACAAACACUUUCAUCAUAAUUGUUGCCCCUCCUCUGUUCUUCAGGUAGCAUUAUCUCUUUAUUUUAUUUUUUGCAUCACCCUUGUAUCCCUUAUCUCUUUUCAAAAAUAUUUUAAAAAAAGCAAGCGCCCUUUAGGUUAAAUUUCAGAUGCAUCUCCAUGCAUAUAAACUUAUGCAGGCCAUGUGAACAAGGUGUGAUUUUGUAAAUUGCAGGGAGGGAGACCUUUUUUGAAGGGAAAUUUAAGGAAACUGAGAAGUGGAAAAGUAGAAGAUUUAAUAGUGUGAUCCAGAAGCAAUUGGAAAGAGUAAAAAUCCAUGGCUCCAGGGUCAUUAAGAAGAGCCAUUGGAGCAGUGAAGGAUCAAACAAGCAUAGGCCUGGCAAAGGUGGGAAACAGCACCUCACUUGCUGAUCUUCAUGUGGCAAUUGUGAAAGCAACGAAGCAUGAUGAGUACCCAGCUGAAGAGAAGCACGUGAGGGAGAUUCUGAGCUUAACAUGCUACUCUCGGGCAUUCAUCUGUGCAUGUGUAAACAUCCUCUCUAGGCGUCUCAGCAGGACCAAUAGUUGGACAGUGGCUUUAAAAACACUUAUUUUGAUUCAAAGGUUGCUGUCAGAGGGUGAUCCUGCGUAUGAACAAGAAAUAUUCUUUGCAACUCGUCGUGGGACUCGCUUCCUCAACAUGUCUGAUUUCAGGGACAACUUAAAGUCCAAUUCAUGGGAAUUCUCUGCAUUUGUGCGCACUUAUGCAUUAUAUCUAGAUGAAAGACUCGAGUAUAGGAUGCAAAGCAAACGUGGCAAGCGCAGCAGGUUUGCUUCUGAUGAGGAAGAAGACGAAACCAUGGAGAAAGAAAGUGAAAAUGGUAGACAUUCUAGAGAAACGGUCAAAGCCACCCCAGUUUCCGAAUUGAAAACUAGCAAUCUAUUUUCCAAAAUGCAACACUUGCAAUUGGUGCUUGAGCGCUUCACAGCUUGUCGUCCCACAGGGAAAGCAAAGACGCAUCGACUUGUGACAGUAGCUCUCUACCCCAUUGUGAAGGAGAGUUUCCAAAUAUAUUACAACAUCACAGAAAUAUUGAGUAUCUUCAUUGAUCGUUUCGUUGGCAUGGAGACACCAGAGUGCAUUAGGGUGUAUGACAUUUUUUGUCGCGUUGGGAAACAAUAUGAUGAGCUAGACUUAUUCUACAGCUGGUCCAAGAAUAUUGGAAUUGCUCGCUCUACUGAGUACCCCGACAUUGAAAGGGUCACAACAAAGAAGCUAGAGGUCAUGGAUCAGUACAUCAGAGAAAGAGCACAAAAUAAGAAAAACCAAAUCCAAGAAGAAAACAAAGAAGAAGAACAAGAAGAAGAUGCAGAAGAGGAGAAGAAUGAAAUCAAGGCAUUGCCAGCGCCAGAACAUUUAUGCCAAGAAGCAGCAGAAGAUGUUGUGAAGGAAGAGAGCAAGGAAGAAGAAGCCAAAGAGGAAAAAAUAGUGCAAACAGAGGGUGAUCUAUUGGAUUUUGGAGAUGACAUGGUGCCAAGUGAAGAACAAGGAGACAAGCUAGCCUUGGCAUUAUUUGAUGGUGCAACUGCAGCAUCAAGCUCAAGGCAAGCGCUUCCCUGGCAUGCAUUUGAUGAUGCAGCAGAUUGGGAAAUAGCAUUAGUCCAAUCACCCAGCAGCUUACCAAACCGAAAGCCAUCAUUAGGAGGUGGGUUUGACACAUUGUUGCUGGAUAGUAUGUAUACACAAGCAGCAACAAAUGCAGCUAUGCAAGGACAAACUUAUGGCAUGAAUGGCAGUGCUAGCAGUAUGGUUCAAGGGUUAACAGGUGGGCCUGCAAUGCUGGCAUUACCUGCACCACAAACAUCAGCUGGCAGUGCAAGUGUAGAUCCGUUCGCAGCCUCAUUGGCAGUGGCACCUCCAGCUUACGUUCAAAUGUCAGAGAUAGAGAAAAGACAGAAGCAAUUAAUGGAGGAACAAGUGAUGUGGCAACAAUAUGCAAGUACCAUGCACGGAAAUGCUGCAUUUACAAAACUACAACCUAACAAUACUUAUCAAAUGGCUCAGUAUCAACAAAACUAUGGAUAUUAUUAUUAUUAAUUAGGAGAACUUUUCCAUUAGUUUGCAGUUGCACUUGACCCGGGUAGGAAUACUUGAGUCUAAGCUCCUUGCGUCUGCUGAUCACCAAAAGUGUAAUGUAAACCCACACAUAAUUUCUCAUACAUUCAUUACUACAUUUUGUUCCCAGUGUACUUUAUUUGCCCAAGACUUCGUUGUGGUUUGUCCCAUGGUGGUUGAAUCCAGAUACAAAUAUUGUGUGAACCAUUUCUCGUGAAUAGUGUACGAUUCAUGAACAUUAUACAUAAAACAUUAAAAAAAUGACAUAAAUAUGUAAAAUUUAUAUAUACAAAAUGCAUUUAUUAAAUAAUUUAUUACAUAGUUUUUUACCUUAAAUACAAAUAUGUUUCAUUAUAUAUAGUAUUAUACUGUGAGAAUACCAAUAAUGCCACAAUACCAAAUAUAAUUGAAAAGUUUCGAUAUUCAUAUACUCAACAAUGAAUGA